CGGCCGAGCGGGGCAGACGUGUAGUGCUCGCCGCCCCGUGUGCUAUGUUGAUGUCGUGAAUCGGAACAAAAUGGACUUUCAGAGUGCUAUGGAGACGUUCGCUGAAGCCUGGGCCGCCGCCAACACGGUCAAGUCCGAGUCCGCUGACAUGUCGCAGCUGCCCCCGGAACUCCGUCGCAAGUCGCCUCGCGGUUCCCCCGAAGAGCGCAUGGCCAGGCCGCCGUCCGCGCCCGCGCACCACCCCCACACCCCGCACACUCCGCACACCCCGCACACGCCCCACCUGUCGCCCAAGAAGGAGGCCUUCAACAAUCUACUCAAUAAAGGAAUCUCGGGUAAAACCCUCCCCGUGCACUGCGUGGUGGAGGCAGUGACGACGCUGGACGAGGGCUGGCGGAGGCGCGCGGCGGUGGAGACGGACAGCUACGUCAUCAUCCCCGCAGCCACCGCCUUCCACGAGCUGGUGCCGGCCGCCAUGAUGAGGCUGGGUUACCCGCUGGAGCUGGCCGCGGCCGCUAGAGGCUCAGUGGUCAUCAACAACUGGAAGCCUCUGCCGCUGGACCGCAUAUCGGACGGGCCGUCCACGGUUGGCGAAGUCCUUGGGGAGCUGACCACGGUGGCCACACUGAGGAUCCAGCUGCUCCGGCCCAGGAGCACCCCGCUGCAGGACAUCAAGGACAAACUACUCCGCCUACUGCUCAUACAGAGCCGGGCUCUGCUCAUGUCCACAGGAUGUCCGUUGGAUGAUGUAACGCUGGCGCAGAUAUGUCGGGGGCAGGACCGGAGCACGGGGCCCCACAACUACCACGAGCCGUCGGAGGACACUCGCCGAAAGUUCGAGUCGUGGUGGAGCGCCCAGGUUACGCCCCGUCCCCCGCCGUUCAGCCCGCGCUACCCGUCGCCGAGCCCCAAGAACAGAUCCCCGACGCUCAACGCGCUGCCGGAGCAUCUGCACCCGGCCCUACAGACGGUUCAGAGCCAGUAUCCGACCCAAAAAACUAGAAUGAGAACGAGCUUCGAUCCGGAAUUAGAGUUGCCGAAGCUCCAACGUUGGUUUUCGGAUAACCAACACCCUAGCCGACAGCAGAUACAGCAGUACGUACGAGAACUGAACAAUUUAGAGUCUAGACGUGGUAGAAAACCUUUGGAUGUGAACAACGUCGUUUACUGGUUCAAAAACGCUAGGGCGGCUCAGAAGCGCGCAGAGCUGCGCAGUAUAACCGGGUUGGGGGGCCAUCUCGGUGUGAACGGUUUUAACAGCAGAAGUCACAGCCCUACAAAUGGAUCGAUGCUAUCUGGCAACGAUUACGGAUCGCAUGAUCAUCAUUCAAUGAAGAGUCCGAUGCUUUCCGAGAGCCCCGGAAGAUACCCGAUGUCUGUGAUGUCAGAAGAUAACUUAUCAAAUGGUGGCUCUGAUUUAGAUGAUGAUGUUGGGGAUAUGAAUAAUGAUGAGCGGCCAGACAGUCCGGAUGCACCACUAUCACUCAUCACAACCAAAAAGCAUAAUAAUGAAAAUCAAGAGGAACAAUCUAAGGAGUCCUUAAAGCCUCCGGAUAUACUCAAGGCAAACGACAUCAAACAAGAGCCCAAAGACUUGAGUAAAUCUGAAGCUACGAACUCUCCCCAAAGAUCUCCGGCUAAAAAUAGCGAUAGUUCGCCUCACAACAACAAUAACAACAACAAUGAAGAGGAAAACGGGGGCCAAGACGAUCAGGACGUCGUAUCUGACGAUGAAAUGACCCAGGAGAGGCAUUACAGUCCGUCGUCCCCGCACCUCGAUCGUCUGCCGUUUCCGAUGGUCCCCAAUCAUCCGAUGUUCGGUCACGGUAUUAUGUAUAUGAGCCAGUACAUGACCGGUUUCUCCGGCGUACCUGUCCCUGGGGAGGGCGCUAGCGGGCUAAACCUGGCCCUGGGAGCACCCGACGAGAGACGCAAACGGAACCGCACUUUCAUUGAUCCGGUCUCGGAAGUUCCUGUUUUGGAGCAAUGGUUCUCGUUGAACACCCAUCCUUCCCACAACCUGAUCGUCAAAUACACGGACGAGCUAAACAGGAUGCCGUACAGACAGAAGUUUCCGCGGCUCGAGUCAAAGAAUGUACAAUUCUGGUUCAAGAAUCGUCGGGCGAAAUGCAAGAGGCUGAAGAUGUCGAUGUAUGAACCGACCUCCCCCGGCCACUACUCUCACCCGGCUCACCACGCUAUCGCCGAACGCAAAAUGGUUUAAGUCGAGUAUUAGUAUACUUUGGUAUACGAGAUUUUGAAAUUCCAUCGAGGAAGACUGAAGUUUUUAUGGUUUUGUGCCAUGUUAGUUUACGGCGGUUUGAGAACGCGUCAAAUUGUAUUAUAGAUAUUUCAAAUAUAUUAGAAAGUACGUAAACCUUCGAAAUAGUUAAUGUAACGAUAGGUACAACAAUAGUAUUGAGACAAACGAGAGAUUGACGGUUUCCCAUUUUCAUUUCGAACAUAGUUUCAUGUUCAUGUACAUAGCUCGCGAAUAUUACUGUUUCAUGUAUGAAUCUCAGGCGUACUACUCAGUACUUUGUAUAUAGGUAGUCUUUAUUUAUUAGAUAAUUUGACGAUAUCGCUAUCCUUUCUGACCGUAUCGUGUAUUCGCUUAGUCUAUCUCCUUGUAUAGCUCAUGUAAAGUUUAGAAGAGUAAUCAUGUUAUACAUUCUUAUGGUUAUGUAACAUAGAGUACAGAUUAAUCGCACAUAUAACUUUAUUUGUAAGACUAAAAUUUUACUGACUAUUCUUAGGGACUACUUUAGCCUGUGGGCUAUGAAUGUUGAAAUUGUUAUCGAUAGCUACGCACAUUCCAUCGUUGUUACAUGAUAUUUUAUCCAAAGAUUCAUUAGCAGUUAUUUGAAUUAUUUUGUCAUGCAAUGCGAUUAUUAUUAAUUUUAUGGUCAUCAUUUAUGGUCAAUUUCAUGAAUUUGCUUUGGUAUAAUCUUUCCAGCUUUAUCUGUCGUUUUCAAAAGUCAUCAACUAUAUUGUAGAAUUUUCAUAUUUUCGAAUAUAAUUUAUUAUUAUCCUCGUAAUAGUCAUAAUUAAAUUACUAUUACAAUAAUAUUGAUAGUUUUCUGAUGGUCGCUAUUAUUUAAUAGUGUAUCACUAGUCAGAACUAUUGCACUAUCUCAUUUUUGUAUUUCAAUUGUUUCAUUAUUAAUAAUUUCAUUAUUAAUAAUCGCAUUGUUAUCCUUAUUCAGUAUUUACGCAUUUACUUGAGGCUGUUUUGUCAAUCUUAUUAUAUUGUUUUUUAGUUUUAAUAAUCCCUAGAGUUAUCAGGAAUGGAGUUGUUUUGUUAUAUACAUUUGCUUGUUUUGUGAAGCUGUGAUGAUAUUUCCAAAUAAUGUAAAUAUUUUAUUAAUGUUAAAUAAGGUUUUUAUCUAUUACGUCAUUAGGCUCACGCAAAAUUAGGCAUUUAUUCAUAGGCAUAAGGAUCGGCUAAAUGUUUAUCCUAUUCGAUUAUAUCAAAUAAAAUUCUAUGAAUAUAAUAAAAUACGAUAUUUAAA